UUUGCUGUUGCUCAUAUUGCAAAGAUUCUGGUAAACAUUGAGAAUUUUCUGGGAAAACGGCAAUUACGUUUUUAUAAAUUAUAAAAUUGGUUCUGUAGAAAAUCUUGUUACCCACAACUGUUAUGGAUAUGGUGAUUACGAGCCUACAACAACAACGUCACAUCACAGAGCAGCUUCGUCGCGAAGCUGCUUUGAAGCGGAUUACAGUUAGUAAAGCUGUGGAGGAUAUCAUGAAAUAUAUUACCGAGCACGAGCAAGAGGAUUGCCUACUGGUUGGUUUCUCGUCGCAAAAGUCUAAUCCCUUUCGUGAAAAAAGUUCAUGUAUCAUUCUUUAAGCUCACUUGCUCGAAGUAAACGGAAUAUGAAUUCAAUUUCCUU